AUGCCCUUCAAGAAGCACAUCAGGCCCGGCAAGAUUGAAGCCAGUCCUGAUGGCGAUGCUUUGGUGGUCCAUUUCACAUCCGAGAUCACCCACUUGGAUGAGGAUGGCAUGCCCAUCAAUGUGGAGAAGAUGCCAGACAAGCGCGAGGUGCCAAUUGGCGAAGCCAUGCGAGGUCUCCGUGAAGAGGAUCUACCUGCACUGGCACAGGAGAUUGUCGAGAAGUGUCGCUACAUCCCUGAGAGCAAGACUUCGCAAGUGGCGAAGGCUGUUGCACAGUUCCCGUUUGAUGUCGUCAUGUGGCAUGUGCCAUCCAGGAGAGUGAAGGACAAAUGUGACACGAGGUGCGUCAGACAGCUGGAGGAGCGUGCGCCGGCCUCGUUUAUCGUGACUCCCAUCCGUGCAUGCACUCGCGUGUCCACACUCUGCUUGGGCUUGACGGAGAAGGAAAGCACUCAAGCCACUGCAGAAGCGACUACCUCCCGAUCGAUGCUUCCUCCAGGCGGCAAAUCCACAAUCUGCCUGGGUAUGGACAACAUUCAAGAAGUCCCGAAGCGCGAGACCCUGGCACCACCAGGUGGCAAAUCCACCAUCUGCUUGGGAAUGGACACAGCCGCCGCUCCGGUGUCAUCCAACGCUUUUGCAUGUGGUGCACACCAGAACUCCGGAAACGUCCUGACCGAGCGGCCCACAACAAUGCUUUCAGCUCCACCGGGGGGCAAGUCCACUCUGUGUUUGGGAAUGUACACCGCCACCGAGCACUGCGAGCCAAAGGCACAUGAAGAAACGGAGACCCUCGGCUCUCGGCCAGCUGCAGGGAAGAGCACUUUCUUGCGAUCCUGCUCCUCCACCGGGGCCGAGACCCGCCCAGUCGGUGGAAAGGAUCACAUCGUCCUGGGCGCUGAGAUCUUGGAGCUUCAAGAUUCCGCAAAUCGGGUUACCGCUGGUGGAAACAGCAGCAUCUGCUUCGGGACAGACACCAGUGAGUGGCAGGUCUCCUCCAAAGCCCUGGGACAGCCGCUGGAAGCGGCGGCUCCGGAUUGCGACGUGUCCGAGGAGAAGGACGCACUAGCGGCAGUCAGCCCAGCGCGCGAGAUGGAUCCUCCGGAGGCAGUGGUGAGCGAAGAUCAGCCUGAGGGGGAGGCACUCGCACCAGCUUCUUCGCGGGUCCCACCGGGAGGGUUGGCCUCUGUGGUGCUGGGAACUGCCAGCGAGUGGAAGAUCCGAGAGGAUCCCACCGACACAAAGCUCGAGGUCAAGCAGCUCAAGCAGGAUCUGCCCACGCCCGCACGCAGCAUCCGUGCCCCACCCGGUGGCGCCGCCACCGUGCUCUUGGGCUGA